AUGUAUCUCACCGCGCAGGAAAACGCUGUGCGAUUUAACCAAGAGCCCCCUGAAGGAUUCAUGCCAUUUGAAGGCAACAGUGGAGUGUCUUACUCGUAUAGGCAUGAUAUGAUUCUGACCAGGGGGGCACCCUCGGGACCUGAAUACUUCAACGAGUACCAUAACCCGGUGGAAUGGAUGGGGAAGGCAUACCAGUUCAAAAUAUCGCCUAAGUUGAGCAAGACGGUAUCAGCUCUCGUAUUUACGAGUUCUGAAUACCGGAUACACAAGCUUGCAACUCUUUCAAAUGUAGAGGAGUACCUCGAAUCGCAGCUUAAGAGCUGGUACAAUCGUGUAUUGCCCAAUCUCAAGAAGAAAGAUCGCAACGGCCGACUGGUUCUCGUUGAAGGUACCUACGUAACAGAAGGUGCUGUUGGUCUCCUUCACUACUCCAGGGACAAAGCCAGGAAGGUGAAACCAGACGACGUUAUUAAAGGUAUUUUCGGACGAAAGCUGUCUACCAUGACUACCACCAGUGACAUUGGAGGCCAAGCAUACAAGUAUGUCUGGAACAUCAUGGGACCAGGCUCUUCACAGGCAAACUUAAAACGCACAAUGAUAGAGCCUGCACAGUUUAAUGGAAAUCACAUUUGCUUUGGAAUUGUAGCACUUUCUCUUUGGGAAAAGUAG